AAAUGCCUGUCGUGUCUUUUGAUGUCGAUUGGAGUGUCUUAAAUGCCAAGAUGAGAGAGAAAAAGCUUCACCCUUGGUUAACUAAACCAGGUCCAUUCUUGGUUUGAGAUACCUAAAAUAAGUGGGGAACUUGCUGCUGGAUUGAGCUUCAAUUUUGUUGUUGAUUUUGGAUUUUCUUGGUUUGAGUUUGUGUGAAUGCUUGAGUUGCCGGUGAAACUGCUCUAAUAUAAUUACCAUGAGGAUCGUCCUCUCCUUUUUCUUCCUGUUUUCUCUCCCUGCAAUUUUGGCACAAGAAGUGACACAUCCUACAAUCUUAGUUGAUGGAACUGCGACAAUUGCCACAAAUGACAAUAAUUUUAUCUGUGCUACAUUAGAUUGGUGGCCUCAUGAUAAGUGUAACUACAAUCAAUGUCCAUGGCAUAAUACAUCUGCAAUAAAUUUGGACUUAUCUCAUCCAUUGCUAAUCAAAGCUAUCCAAGCUUUCAAGAGUUUGAGGAUAAGAAUUGGAGGUUCAUUGCAAGACCAAGUAUUGUAUGAUGUUGGAGAUUUGAAGACUCCUUGUCAUCCAUUCAGAAAGAUGAAAGAUGGGCUGUUUGGAUUUUCAAAGGGAUGUUUACAUAUGGAUAGGUGGGAUAAGCUGAACCAUCUAUUUAAUUCAACCGGGGCCAUUGUAACAUUUGGCUUGAAUGCACUAUAUGGGAGGCAUCAAAUCAAGAAGAGUGCCUGGGGUGGAGCUUGGGAUCCUACCAACGCUCGUGAUUUUAUGAAAUAUACUAUUUCAAAGGGAUACCAUAUUGACUCGUGGGAAUUUGGAAAUGAGCUGAGUGGAAGCGGCGUUGGUGCAAGUGUCAAUGCUGAACUAUAUGGGAAAGACUUGAUCAACCUCAACAAUAUUGUCAAUAUUAUAUACAAAGACUCCUCUAUGAAGCCAAAGCUUGUGGCACCUGGAGGAUUCUUUGAUGGUGUAUGGUAUUCUAAGCUUCUCCAGGUCUCAGGUCCAGGUGUGGUCAAUACUGUGACUCAUCAUAUAUACAAUUUGGGCGCAGGUGUUGAUCCCAAUCUUGUGAGUAAGAUACUGGACCCCCAUCACUUAAGCCUAGUGUCUGAAACAUUUAGCAAUCUUAAACAAACUAUUGAAAAGAAUGGCCCUUGGGCUUGUGCAUGGGUCGGAGAAUCUGGCGGGGCGUAUAACAGUGGCGGUCGUCAUGUGUCGAACACAUUUGUGAACAGCUUCUGGUACUUAGAUCAGCUUGGAAUGGCAUCCAAGUACAAUACGAAAGUAUAUUGUAGGCAGACUCUGAUUGGUGGGAACUAUGGUCUUCUCAAUGCAACGUCAUUCAUCCCAAACCCUGAUUAUUACAGUGCCUUGUUGUGGCAUCGACUUAUGGGAAAAGGUGUGCUGGCUGUUGCUACUGAUGCCUCUCCAUAUCUUCGAGCUUAUGCCCACUGUUCAAAGGGGAGAGAGGGAAUAACUGUUCUCCUGAUAAAUCUAAGCAAUCAGACUGAUUACACUGCCACAGUUCAAAAUAGUAUGAACAUGAAUUUGGUUGUGAGGGGCAGAGACAUCAACCGGGAAAGUCCGUUGAUGCGAAGUUUGAAGAAAACAGUUUCAUGGGUUGGUGACAAAUCAUCGGAAGAACCGUUAUUCAGAGAGGAGUACCAUUUAACUCCUAAAGACGGUUACCUCCAGAGCCAGACCAUGGUUCUAAAUGGAAUUCCUCUCGAGCUCACCAAGGACGGAGGCAUCCCAAGAUUGAAUCCAGUUUAUGUUGAGGUAAAUUCUCCUAUAUAUAUUUCUCCUUUUUCGAUUGCAUUCAUAGUAUUCCCAAACUUUGACGCACCGGCUUGCAUCCGGGGAUGACAGUAUAUUGUUGCACUCCCCCUGAAAGAAAGAAAUAAAGAAAAAUGUCUGUGUGUGCAAGUCCAGCUUCUCAGUUAGAAGCUUUUCAAGUGUAUGGUAUUGUAGAUUGGAGCAAUUGUAAUUAUAUUCCCCUUAUUGGUAAAAUAAAUAUAGGGGAUUAGAUUAAGGAGAAUGGAAAGGAAAUAUUUUUUUUUUUGGGUAUUUUGGUAGUUUUUUACUAUGAAAUUUGAAAAGAGUUAGCAACUCUUAUCUUUUAUUACUAAAUGCCUCUGAGAUAAUCUAUCUUUUAUCAUCAAACGCCCCUGAGGCAUCUGACUUUUA